UGCGACAAGUAAAAAAAUUUAAAUGCUCUCUAGAUAUUCAUUUUCUCUUUCGUUUUUAAAAGCCUACAUUUAAGUAAAUAAAGAUAAAUUGAGAACCAAACUACUCCUCUGUAUCGUGUCCAGCUCGAGAUUCUUUUAAGUGUGGUAUUUAUAACAUGAAACUUGAUCAUAAACUACCAUAAACAGAUAGAUUACCAUCUAUAAAUAAAUAUAUAAACCAAAAGUAUUAGGAUUGUGUGCCAAAAACUAGUGCAGUAUUAUCGUAUCUUUCGUAUUAUUUAAUAAACAAUGGGAAGAAAAACGAAUCAAGCUACGACUUCGAUUAAAACUAAGAAUUCGAAUAAAAAGAACAAAACACCAAAAGAAGAGAGGGAACUACUAGAUGCCGUUGAUAAUCUCUUAAGAUUAACCACGUUACCAAUACACAAUAAUCUACCGCAUGCCCUAGAAUGUCAAAGGCAGAUCAUAAGUUACUUGGAUAGAAUUAGAAUAGUCGAGGAUAAGUUACUGAGAAAACAAAACAAGGUCUCUACAAAUAAUAACACAACUGAAAGCACUGUACAAACUCGUCUAAGUCAAGAUGUGAUACAAAAUUUUACCAAAUGGAUGAAAGAAAACGGUGGUGAGCUCCAUGGCUGCUCUAUUAGUUCGUUUGAUGAAUACGAUUUAGGAAUUAAAGUUGAUCAGGAUAUUGAUCAAAGCUCUCUAGUUAUUGCCGUACCUAGAAAAGUUAUGAUGUCGGUGGAGGUUGCAGCUAAAAGUGUGAUCAAAGAUUUAAUAAAUAAGGUAGAAAUACUGAAAAAUAUGCCAAAUGUUUUACUUUCUAUAUACCUGCUGGUUGAAAAAUUCUCACCUAACUCAUUUUGGAAACCGUACUUUGACAUUUUACCAAAAACCUACAGUACCGUACUAUAUUUUACACAAAACGAUUUGGAAGAGCUUAAAGGAAGCCCAACCCUGGAAGUAGCACUGAGACAAAUCAAGAGUAUUGUCAGACAAUACGCGUAUUUUCAUAAAUUGUUCUGGAAUUCAGAUGACCCUGUAUGUGAGCUGAUGAGAAGCAAAUUCUCUUUUCAUGAAUAUUGUUGGGCUGUAUCCACGGUUAUGACCAGACAGAACAUGAUACCGUCCGAAGAUGGCAGUACCAUGAUCAACUCUCUGAUACCACUCUGGGACAUGUGCAAUCAUUCAAAUGGAACGAUUUCGACCGAUUACAAUCCUCAACUAGAUCGCAGUGAAAGUCUGGCUUUCCGAGAUUUUAAAGCCGGCGAACAACUUUUUAUCUUCUACGGUCCUAGGACAAAUUCGGAUUUUUUCAUACAUAAUGGAUUCGUUUACAAUGAGAACGAGAACGACCUCUACUGGAUCAGAUUGGGCAUUAGCAAAUCAGACCCUUUGCAAGAAAAACGCAAGGAACUGUUGAACAAGCUGGGCAUAUGGAGUACCGCAGAGUUUUCCAUAAAAAAAGGCCCGAGACCUGUAGAUGGAAGAUUGCUUGCAUUUCUCAGGGUGUUUAAUAUGGACGCAGAUCAGCUAGAACACUGGCUCGAAUCUGACAAAUCUUCAGACCUUCAGUACCAGGAGUGCGGUCUUGAAACCAGUCUUGAGUUAAAGUCUUGGGCGUUUCUCAAGGCCAGGCUCAAUCUUCUGCUGUCUUCCUACAAGACCACUUUGGAGGAAGACCAAAAACUACUUUCCGCGAAGAAAAUUGGGAAUAACAUGCGGACGGCCAUCAAGAUGCGACUUUGCGAAAAAACAAUUCUCAGAGAUUGUUUGAAUUACGUCGAUGAAAUGAUACAAAAGUAGAUAAACACCGAAGAAAGCUUGGCUGUGGUUUACAAUACUGCUUUAGUCUGCCAACCGGAGUAUCCCUAUCACUGACAGUUGUGUCUAUCAUUUUAAUUCACAGGCAAGCUGUAUUUUCUGUCAUUUUUUUUGGAUGUCAUCUGUCAAAAUCUUCCCUCAUUUGUUUGACAGGCUAUACAAGAUGAUCUUUUAUUUUUUUUAUGAUAUCUUAUUUAUUACACACCGAAGAAAGCUUGGCAAUGUGUCUAAAGCAAAAAAAAAACGCGUUGUUCUAUUUAUUCUUAUCUUUAUUGUAUCUGACUAUUUAGUAAAAAAAUAAAAUUCAGUGUUGUGAAAAUCUUAGAGUAAGUUAAAAUAGUGAUACUACACCAUCGAAAAAAAAAACGAUGUCAUAGUUGGCUUGGAAAUGAACAUCGCUGUUUGUAUGUAAAAUUAUAUGGUGAUUGUCAUUUCCAAUCCUACUUGACGUCAUUUUUUUUCGAUUAUACUAUACAUCUCCAUCACUAUUGUGAGAAUUGAUCUAAGAUUUAACAGUAAAUAUCUCAAGUUGAAAUGCAUAGAUUUAUGUAUAUACUUACAGGGUGUACAAGAUAUUUGAAGACAGAAGAGAUUAUUUUGUUUCUAAAAUUUCUUUAUUACUAAUAAAUUUAUCUGAAUGUUCUAUAAGGGAACUUCAAAAACGUAAAAUUCCAUUUUAAAAAUUUAACAUUUCUUUUCUAUAUUUACCGUAUGUUCGAAAAAAAAAACGACGACGAGUUGGCGUUGAAAUGACGAUCGAUGGCAUUCCCCAUAUAAUUUUACAUAGAAAAUGACAGCGAUUUUUAUUUCUGAGCCAUCUCUGACGCCGUUUUUUUUCGAUCAUAUGGUAUACGAAAAAACAUAGCUUAUAUUAAAAAUACAUAUAGCAGUUUGGUGAGACGUAGACUUUUAUACUAAGAAUAAAAUGUCGGGGAAACUCUGAUCGCUUUUUUUCUGUGUUCAGAUAUCUUGAACACACUGUAUAUAAAUAAAAAAAUCAUCAAACAACACGUGUUUACUAAUAUAAACACAACUUUUAUUUUUAAUUAUCAAAAUUUGUAGAAAUUAUGUGUUUGUAACAUCACAUAUUUUCAAUAAUACAAUAACAUACGGUUGAAAAAAAAGGCGUCACAGUGGCUGUUGCAAUGGACAAUCCAUAAUAAUUCUUGUCAAAAAUUUGUAUUUACAUGGAAAAAGAUAAGAAAUAAAAGUUGUUACUUUUAAGUUUUUCUAACUUAUAAUAAAUGAUAUAAUGAGGAACCGGCCUGACAAAUUAUUUAUUAUUGGUUGUCGUUUCAAAGCCCAUGCACUAUGAUGCCGUUUUUUUUCUCGAUUAUUAGCAAUAUUAUUUUAUUUUUUUAUAUUUACAUCACGAUACUAAGAUGCAGUUACUAUAAAAAAAAAUGUCAAUCAAAGGCCCCCUCUACAUUACCUACUAUUCAAUCAUGAUAAAAAAAUUGUAAUUGUUAGAAAUUAAGUCUAUAUUGUUGUGAAAGAGGUUGUAAGUAGUGUAUUUAUUUUUCUUUGAUUUUAAAACGUUUUUCUUAUGAGUGUGAUAUAAUAUUAUGCUAACCAUAAUAAAAUACAUUUAUUUGUUAUUUUCAAAAUAUAUUUGUUACUAUUUGCUCAGGUUUUUAAUGAUAUACAGCGUGAUUUAUGAAUUAAAAAGUUUGAGGUUAAGCUUAUAUUAAUUUCAGAUAUUGUUCUUGAAUGUCCAGGAAAAAUAAAAUCUAUUAGAUUAAAAAUUGUCUGAAAUCUUUAUACAACAACUUUCCGUAACUUAAAAGUUAAUACUUCCAGUUGAAAGGUAACAGUUUAAAUUAACAAAUUAUUUUAUUAUAGGCAAUAUGUAUUUUUUUGUUGAAGUUUGGUUUCAAAUAAAAGUUUUUAA